AUGGCUGGACGGAUUCGCCAACCUAUCGACGAAGCGUCGUUUAGCAAGUAUGUGGCCGAAAACGUGCAGGAAAUCAAGCUGCCCAUCGACCUGAAGCAGUUUGGAUUCGGCCAGUCCAACCCGACCUAUCUGAUUACCGCGGCCGAUUCCAGCAAGUUCGUCAUGAGGAAGAAGCCCCCCGGCAGGCUCGUCUCGAGGACGGCGCACAAGGUCGAGCGCGAGUACCGCGUCCUGCACGCCCUGAGAAACACCAACGUGGCCGUUCCCCGGACCUUCAGCCUCUGCUGCGACGAUUCCGGCAUUGGCACGCCGUUCUACAUCAUGGAGUUCCUGGACGGGCGCAUCAUCCAAGACUUUACGCUGCCUGAGGCGACGCCCGAGGAGCGCACGGCCAUGUGGCGCGCCGCCGUGGAGACGCUCGCUCGCCUGCACGCGGUGGAUUACCGGGAGGCAGGGCUGGAGACGUUUGGCAAGCCCGGCGGCUUCUACGGCCGCCAGGUCCGCACGUGGAGCACGAUAUGCCUGGCCCAGGAGGCCGUGGAAGACGUCGAGACGGGGGAGCAGGUGGGGAGGCUGCCGCAUUUCGAGGAGCUGGUGGGCUUCUUCGCCCGGGAGCAGAGGCAGCCGACCGACAGGACGACCCUGGUCCACGGAGACUACAAGAUUGACAAUCUGGUGUUUCACAAGACGGAGCCGAGGGUGAUUGGUAUUCUGGACUGGGAAAUGUCCACCAUCGGCCAUCCUCUAUCCGACGUGUGCAACUUGCUCAUGCAAUACUACACAGCCAGACACGCGGGUGCUGCGCCCGAAUCGGCAGCCGGGUUUCUGCCCGGCAGAACGCUCGGCCUGCCCACCGAACAGCAGCUGCUGUGCUGGUAUGCCGACGUUUCGGGCUACCAUCCCGGGCCGGACAUGAAAUGGGGCAUGGCCUUCAACAUCUUCAAGCUGGCGGGCGUGUGCCAGGGCAUCGCGGCAAGAUAUGCUCGCAGGCAAGCGAGCAGCGACGAGGCCAAGCAGUACGCCGUCACGAGGCUUCCGCUGGCCGAAUACGCCUGGGAACUGGCGCAGGAGGCGGACAAUGAGGAGCUGGCGGCAAAGCUGUAG